GCUUCUCUAAAUAGAUCGUAUUGUAAUCUUUUCUCAGUCCAACGUGGUUUCUUCUCAGAGACUGCUUCACAUUUUCUACACUUGUUUGGUGAGUUGGAAGCCUCGUAGCAGCAUGCAGAGGACCGUGCAUGCGCCUCUGCAGUUUUAUGAGAAUUCGGCCAGAGUGAUGAACUCAGACCAGGAAAGGCCGUUUGUGUGCAAUGCUCCUGGAUGUUCUCAGCGAUUCCCCACCGAGGACCAUCUGAUGAUACAUCGACACAAACAUGAGAUGACCCUAAAGUUCCCCUCCAUAAAGAACGACAACAUGUUAUCAGACCAGACGCCCACACCGACACGUUUCUUGAAGAACUGUGAGGAGGUGGGACUGUUCAGUGAACUGGACUGCUCCAUCGAGCAGGAGUUUUGCAAGGCCCAGGAAGAAGAGGACAGCAAACAGAAUAUCCAACUGCACAGUCAGGCAGGCCAAGGCCAGCACCAGCAGGCCCACUCGCGGAUGGGCAACCACGAUACCAGCAUAGUGAUCCAGCAGGCCCUGCCCUCUCCUCAGUCCAGCUCUGUCAUCACACAGGCUCCAUCCACGAACAGACAGAUAGGGCCUGUACCCGGGUCUCUGUCCUCACUGCUGCACCUACGAAACCGACAGAGACAGCCUCUGCCUGCCUCCAUGCCUGGAACGCUGCCAGACCCAACUAUGCCUGGCUCCUCCGCUGUGCUGAUGCCUAUGGAGAGACAAAUGUCCAUGGGCUCCAAUAUGAUGGGUAUGCAAGGACCCACCCACAGCAGCUCCUGUGCUUCCACUCACAUUCCCUCCAUGCACUCAGAAGCCAAACUGAGGCUGAAGGCCGCACUUUCACACCAUCCUGGUGCCAUCACCAAUGGAAACAUGAACUCCAUGGGCCACAUGAUGGAGAUGAUGUCAUCGCGGCCGGAGCAAGGCGCCCACCAUCACAUGCACUCACACCCGCACCAGCACCUGCAAGCUCCUCCCCACGCGUACCAGCACCACAGCCACCAUCACCACAACCAGGGCCACGGCCAAGGCGGACACCACCACCCACAGGGACACAACCCCCAUCAUAACUCCCACAAUCCCCACCUCCAUCCUGGUCACCCACACCAGACCUCACCACAUCCUCCAAUGCACUCUGCAUCACAGAUGUCACCUGCCACCCAGCAGAUGCAGCCCACGCAGACGCUGCAGUCUCCUCCCCCCAGCGGCGGGCGGCGCAGGAGAGUCGUGGACGAAGAUCCGGACGAACGCCGGCGGAAGUUUCUCGAGCGGAACCGAGCAGCAGCGACAAGAUGCCGACAGAAGAGAAAAGUGUGGGUGAUGUCGUUAGAGAAGAAAGCGGAAGAGCUCACGCAGACCAACAUGCAGCUUCAGAAUGAAGUGACCAUGCUAAAGAACGAGGUGACCCAACUCAAGCAGCUUCUCCUCACACACAAGGAUUGUCCCAUCACCACUAUGCAGAAAGAGUCCCAAGGUUACCUCAGUCCAGAGAGCAGUCCGGCGGGAAGCCCAACGCCAGCGUGUUCGCAGCAGCAGGUCAUUCAGCACAACACCAUCACCACCUCUACCACGACUGUAGGGGGCAGCGGUGUGCACGGACAAGCCAACCACCGCACAGACAUUAACCCCAUCCACUAGGGACCAGAGAGACUAUAACCCCCGACUGUUGCCCCCUU